AUGCAUCUUUCUGAACAAUGUGGAUAUCAUUUGAAAAUGAGUAGUUCAGAUAGAAUCAAACUUUUGAUCGAUCCGGGCACUUGGGAGCCUAUGGAUGAAGACGUGGUCUCUCUAGAUCCCAUUGAAUUUCAUUCGGAGGAGGAACCUUAUAGAAAUUGUAUCGAUUCUUAUCAAAGAAAUACAGGAUUAAACGAGGUUGUUCAAACAGGCAGAGGGCAACUAAACGGUAUUACCGUAGCAAUUGGGGUUAUGGAUUUUCAGUUUAUGGGAGGUAGUAUGGGAUUCGUAGUCGGGGAGAAAAUUACCCGUUUGAUUGAAUACACUACUAAAGAAUUUCUACCUCUUAUUAUAGUGUGUGCUUCCGGAGGGGCAUACAUGCAAGAAGGAAGUUUGAGCUUGAUGCAAAUGGCUAAAAUAUCUUCUGCUUUAUAUGAUUAUCAAUCAAAUAAAAAGUUAUUCUAUGUACAAAUUCUUACAUCUCCUACUACCGGUGGGGUGACAACUAGUUUUGGUAUGUUGGGGGAUAUCAUUAUUGCCGAGCCCAAUGCCUACUUUGCCUUUGCGGGUAAAAGAGUAAUUGAACAAACAUUGAAUAAAACAGUACCCGACGGUUCACAACCGGCCGAGUAUUUAUUCCAGAAGGGCUUAUUCGAUCUAAUCGUACCACGUAAUCCUUUAAAAAUCGUUUUGAGUGAGUUCUUUCAACUACACACUUUCUUUCCUUUGAAUCAAAAUUAG